ACUGUGAACAAGUACAGCCUCCACUGUGGCUACAGACUUUAAUGAAUGCUUGCAAGCAAGCAAGUGAUUUCAGUAUUCAGGGUGUUACUAUUUCCCUUGUGAUGGACUUGGUUGGAUUGACUCAAUCUGUUGCUCUCGUCACUGGAGAAAAUCAGAACAGUGUGGAAACUGCUCAGCCUCUUAGCCCUAACCAGGGAAGAGUGGCUGUGGUCAUCAGACCUCCUCUUACUCAAGGCAAUCUGAGAUACAUGGCUGAAAAGACAGAUUUCUUCAAGCAUAUAGCUUUAACGCUUUGGGACCAGUUGGGCGAUGGAACUCCUCAGCAUCAUCAGAAGAGUGUGGAGCUCUUCUACCAGCUGCACAACCUCGUUCCAUCUUCUAGCAUUUGUGAAGAUGUUAUUAGUCAGCAGCUGACUCACAGAGACAAGAAAGUAAGAAUGGAAGCUCAUGCAAAGUUUGCAGUGCUAUGGCAUCUCACCCGUGACCUUCAUAUUAACAAGUCUUCUUCCUUCGGCCGUACCUUUGACAGAUCUUUGUUUAUCAUGCUGGACAGCCUUAAUAGCUUGGAUGGUUCUACAUGGUCAGUGGGACAAGCCUGGUUAAAUCAAGUGCUUCAAAGACAUGAUAUUGCAAGGGUUCUUGAACCUUUGCUCCUACUCCUUCUCCAUCCAAAAACUCAGCGAGUUUCUGUUCAGCGAGUACAGGCUGAAUGUUACUGGACUAAAUCUUCCUAUCACCCUGAAGAAGAAAAUGAAAAGCACUUUAUGCAGAAGUUUAGCUGUGCUGAUGCAUUUUCCCAUGUGCCUGUAAACCAAGAACAACUUAUUAUACCUAAAGAGGGCAAUGAAAAACAACUUGCUAUGGAUGAAAUGGAGAACUUCAGCCUGACUGUCAACCCUCUGAGUGACAGGCUUUCCUUGUUAAGUACCAGCAGUGAGACCAUACCAAUGGUUGUGUCUGAUUUUGACCUUCCCGACCAUCAAGUUGAAAUACUGCAGAGUUCUGACUCUGGCUGUUCUCAGUCAUCUACUGGAGACAACAUCAGUUAUGAAGUGGAAACAGAAAGCCUGAGUGCUCAAGAUAGCUCUCAGACUCUGAGAGAAGACUCACCUGAUGAAAUUGUGCAACAAGUGGUUACAGAUCUUAUAUGCAAAGUUGUAAGUGGUCUCGGAGAAGAGGCUGAACCACUUAAACAUUGUCUACACUCUGAGGAUACUUCAUGUAAACUCAGUCCUUUGGAUAACUCUGUAGAGGUGACAAAAAAUGAAGAUCAAAAUAUUCAAAGCAGCCAGAGUAGUUUGCUUAGUAAUGACAGCUCCCAGUUGCUAUCGGCCUCAACUGAGACUGGACUAGAGAGCUUGAGAGAUGAAAUUUCAAGAAAUAACUCUUCACCCUGUAUUGCAGAAAGCCAACAAUCCCUCUCUGAUCUCGCUCUUGCUUCCACUGAAUCAAAGUCCAGAAAGCGAAGCCACAGUAGUAUUCAGUUCAGCUUCAAAGGAAAGCUACCAGAAAAAAUGUCAGAAAAAGAAACAAUUGUUAAAGAGGCUGGUAAGCAACCAGGUGCAAAACCUAAGGUGAAAAUAGCCAAAAAGAAAGAUGAAGAGAAGAAGAAAGCACAAACAGAAAAGCUUAAACAAACAAACGUCUUCUUUAGUGAUGGUCUUGAUUUAGAAAAUUGGUACAGUUGCGGAGAAGGAGAAAUUUCAGAAAUAGAAAGUGAUGUGGGGUCCCCAGGAAUGCGAAAAUCUCCACACUUUAACAUCCAUCCAUUGUAUCAACACGUGCUGCUUUAUCUCCAGCUGUAUGACUCUUCAAGGACAUUGUAUGCUUUUUCUGCAAUUAAAGCAAUUCUGAAAACAAAUCCUUCAGCUUUUGUAAGUGCUAUCUCCACUACCAGUGUCAACAAUGCAUACACUCCUCAGCUUUCAUUGCUCCAGAAUCUUCUAGCCAGGCAUCGAAUAUCUGUGAUGGGCAAGGAUUUCUAUAGUCACAUCCCAGUUGAUUCUAACCAUAACUUUCGGAGCUCUAUGUACAUAGAAAUUCUUAUCUCCUUGUGUUUAUACUAUAUGCGGAGCCACUAUCCAACUCAUGUUAAAGUAACCUCACAAGAUCUAAUAGGAAACCGUAAUAUGCAAAUGAUGAGUAUAGAAAUUCUGACACUUCUCUUUGCAGAGUUAGCAAAAGUGAUAGAAAGCUCUGCAAAGGGCUUUCCUAGUUUUAUUUCGGACAUGUUGUCCAAGUGCAAGGUUCAGAAAGUGAUCCUGCAUUGUCUGCUAUCUUCUAUCUUCAGUGCACAGAAAUGGCACAGUGAAAAGAUGGCUGGAAAAAACAUAGUAGCUGUAGAAGAAGGUUUCUCUGAAGACAGUCUAAUAAAUUUUUCUGAAGAUGAAUUUGACAAUGGUAGUACUCUGCAGUCACAGCUUUUAAAAGUACUUCAACGGCUGAUUGUGCUGGAACACAAAGUAAUGACUGUGCCUGAGGAAAAUGAAACAGGCUUUGACUUUGUCAUAACUGACUUGGAGCAUAUUGGUCCCCAGCAGCCAAUGACUUCUCUUCAGUAUUUACAUUCCCAGCCAAUAACCUGCCAAGGCAUGUUUCUCUGCGCAGUGAUACGAGCUUUACACCAGCACUGUGCCUGUAAAAUGCAUCCCCAGUGGAUUGGCCUUAUCACUUCUACGUUGCCUUACAUGGGGAAAGUUCUUCAAAGGGUGGUUGUUUCAGUGACUCUUCAGCUCUGCAGGAACUUGGAUAAUUUAAUUCAGCAGUAUAAAUAUGAAACAGGAUUAUCUGAUAAUAGGCCUCUCUGGAUGGCAUCAGUCACUCCCCCAGAUAUGGUUCUUACUUUAUUAGAAGGGAUCACAACAAUAAUUCAUUACUGCCUCCUGGAUCCAUCUACGCAGUAUCAUCAGCUUUUGGUAAAUGUAGAUCAGAAGCACUUGAUUGAAGCACGAAAUGGGAUCCUGUCUAUCUUGCAUAUGAUCAUGUCUUCUGUGACUUUGCUGUGGAGCAUCCUUCACCUUGCAGAUUCUUCAGAGAAAACUACUGCUGCUGCUGCAUCCAUUACCACGAUUAAUCUUGGGUCAGCAAAGAAUUUGAGGCAGCAGAUUCUUGAACUUUUGGGUCCAAUUUCAAUGAAUCAUGGUGUUCACUUCAUGGCUGCUAUUGCAUUUGUAUGGAAUGAAAGGAGACAAAAUAAAAAUACUUCUAGGACAAAGGUUAUUCCUACAGCAGGUGAAGAACAACUUCUACUGGUCGAGCUAGUUCGCUCUAUCAGUGUUAUGAGAACAGAGACUGUUAUACAAACAGUGAAAGAAGUUUUGAAGCAGCCUCCAGCCAUAGCAAAGGACAAGAAACAUCUUUCACUGGAAGUCUGCAUGUUGCAGUUUUUCUAUGCUUAUACUCAAAGGAUUCCAGUGACCAGCUUAGUAGAUAGCUGGGCAGCACUGCUGCUUCUGUUAAAAGAUUCCAUCCAGGUUGGUCUUCCAGCUCCGGGACAAUUCCUCAUACUUGGUGUUCUUAAUGAGUUCAUUAUGAAAAACCCAAGCCUGGAGAAUAAGAAAGAUCAAAGAGAUCUCCAGGAUGUGACGCACAAGAUAGUGGAUGCCAUUGGGGCAAUUGCUGGUUCUUCCUUGGAACAGACUACUUGGCUAAGACGAAACUUAGAAGUUAAGCCUUCCCCCAAGAUUAUGGUUGAUGGAAACAACUUAGAAUCAGAUGUUGAAGAUAUGUUGUCUCCGGCAAUGGAAACUUCAAACAUAACUCCAUCUGUUUAUAGUGUCCAUGCAUUGACCUUACUUUCUGAGGUUUUGGCUCAUCUCUUGGAUAUGGUUUUCUACAGUGAUGAAAAAGAGAGGGUUAUUCCUUUGCUUGUAAAUAUUAUGCACUAUGUUGUUCCCUACCUCCGUAAUCACAGUGCUCACAACGCAUCCAGCUAUCGAGCCUGUGUCCAGUUGUUAAGCAGUCUUAGUGGGUAUCAGUAUACAAGGAGAGCAUGGAAAAAGGAAGCAUUUGACCUUUUUAUGGAUUCUAGUUUCUUCCAGAUGGAUGCUUCCUGUGUUAACCAUUGGAGAGCUAUUAUGGAUAAUUUGAUGACGCAUGACAAAACCACAUUCAGAGAUUUGAUGACACGAGUGGCUGUGGCUCAGAGCAGUUCACUCAAUCUGUUUGCUAAUCGAGAUGUAGAGCUGGAACAGCGUGCUAUGCUCCUGAAGAGACUGGCUUUCGCAAUUUUUAGUAGUGAGAUAGACCAGUAUCAGAAAUACCUUCCAGACAUACAAGAAAGGCUGGUAGAAAGUCUCCGUUUGCCACAGGUGCCCACCCUUCAUUCCCAAGUGUUCCUGUUUUUCAGAGUAUUGCUUUUAAGAAUGUCUCCACAGCACCUUACUUCACUUUGGCCGACCAUGAUCACUGAACUGGUACAAGUGUUUUUACUGAUGGAACAGGAGCUCACUGCUGAUGAAGACAUUUCCAGGUAA